AUGGCUCUAUUUCCCAAUGUGAUGACAUUUGAUGCUAACAGCUUUGGGGAUGACGAAGAACCGUCCACAUCUUCUGAGAGUGAUGAAGAUGUGACCAAGCAGUUUGAGAUCUCAGUGUCCCGAUCCCAGAGUUUUCGUACAGGAGCACCUGAGAAGGGAAAGACAACAGAGUUGGAGCCGAAAACAAAAUGCAACCAUUUGCUGUCCGUGCACCGAGAAGACAGUGCUGAAGUGUCUGCUUGUGAAGAUUUGGAUGGAACCAGCCAACUCAGUUAUUCUGAGAUUCUGUCUUAUGAAGAUCAGCCCAUCACUACCCUCUCACAGUCUCCCUGUGAGAGCAGAGACACCAGACACCAUGGUCCUUGUCAUCAAGAGACUGGCGUGGUCCGAAGCCUCGGUCGUCCUUGUGUGGAGAGCAUCCUGGAGGCGGAGACCGUGUUUACUAAUCGGGGCUUUGAAGAUUCCUAUGCCACUCAGAGCUCCUCUGUGUGGAGUUCAGAGCAGCAGGAUGGGACCAGUCUGCAGGUGCCACCCAAGCUCCUGGAGCCUAUCUCAAAAUGCGGUUACCUAGAUAUCAUCUUUGAAUAUAGAGCCGUAACCCAGAAGCUCACCGUGACCAUUGUGAGAGCACAGGGCCUUCCAGAUAAGGACCGGAGUGGUGUCAACUCCUGGCAAGUCCAUGUAGUGCUCCUGCCCAGUAAGAAACAGAGGGGCAAGACUAACAUCCAGAGAGGGCCCAAUCCUGUCUUCAAGGAGAAGGUCACCUUUGCCAAGCUGGAGCCCAGGGAUGUGGCUGCCUGUGCUGUACGAUUCCGCCUCUAUGCUGCCCGUAAGAUGACCCGAGAGAGGAUGAUGGGAGAGAAGCUGUUCUGUCUCAGCCACUUGCACCCAGAAGGGGAAAUGAAAGUGACUCUGGUUCUGGAGCCAAGAAGUAAUUUAAGUAGUGGAGAGUCUCCGCUUAGCCCAUCUGUGGUGUCUCACAGUGACAGUGCUUCAUCCACACAGUCCCUGUCUCAUGGAGGGGUGCCAGAGCUGUUGGUGGGACUGUCCUACAAUGCCACAACAGGGCGAUUAUCUGUGGAAAUGAUCAAAGGCAGCCAUUUCCGCAACCUCGCUGCUAACCGAGCUCCUGAUACAUAUGGAAAACUCUUCCUCCUCAACUGUGUGGGUCAAGAGAUGUCCCGAUGCAAGACAUCCGUUCGACGCGGCCAACCCAACCCUGUCUACAAAGAGACCUUUGUCUUCCAGGUGGCCCUCUUCCAGCUCUCUGAUGUUACCUUGAUGAUUGCCAUUUACAGCAGGCGCACUAUGAAGCGGAAAGAGAUGAUUGGCUGGCUUGCGCUGGGCCAGAACAGCAGUGGGGAAGAGGAGCAGGAGCACUGGGAGGAAAUGAAGGAAAGCAAAGGCCAGCAGAUAUGCAGGUGGCAUACACUGCUGGAAUCCUAAGCUUACCAGGGGCUUUUGUGUGGUGUAUCAGCCUUGAUCAUCUGACACCAAGUCAGAGCAUUGUGUGUGUGUGUGUGGGGGGGGCUUUCAAAUUGAGAAUUUUACUAAUCGUAAGGCAUUCUGUGGUUUAGAACUUCAUCAAAGGUUUGAUUUUCAUUUAAAUGUAACGAAGGGAAAGCUACUUGCAGGGCCAAGUGCGCAGGUGGGGAAAAAGUUACUCUGGUUGAGACCACUGGUGAUGUCAUAAUUUGUGCUAAUGGAUGGUUGUGUUUUGGUUCGCACUAUGGGAUGCAGCUUCUCCUGCUUUCUCUUUUUGGUUGGAGAACAGACUGAAGUUUCAAAGGAGCUGGAACACUACUGUUUUCCAGCACUGAGGUGUAUGAAUCAGACUCUUCUUGGUGUUCACAUUUCCAAAACAGAGAAAGGAGUCGGAUGCUGAGGGUUCCAGAAAGAUGUAACCAAUCCACAAUCCUCUGCCAUGCCUACUCUCUUUAUAUAUNUAUAUAUAUAUA